AUGGCCACAAAGUUCGCAAUCACCCCACAGCUGUGGGACAAGAUUCACCACUGGGCUUCCUUCCCGCCCACAGGUGGGAGCCCCGGAACACAAGCCGCCGUGACUCCACCCGGCGCAAAGCACCGCGAUGCCCUCUGGCCCCAGUGCAUGCGCGCGGCGAUCGCACACAUGAUCUGUGCGACAUCCACAUUACACAACUCGUGUGACACCCUCGCAACCUUGUUGACUGACGCCAGUCUCUCUCCAGCAGCUCGUCAUGUUCGGCGAGCGCCCCUCGCAGGGCACGCUGCUCAAGGCGGCCCAGUUCCUGCAGGAGGAGCUGCCGAUCCGUCUCUCGCACCGCGUCGUCGAGCUCGAGUCGCUCCCGGACGGCCUGAGCAAGAUGCCGAGCAUAAAUCGCGUCAAGGAGUGGAGCUCAUCACGUUCCCGAAACCGAAACUGCCCGCCGACAUUGAGGAGAUUCUUAGGAUGCCCCCUUCCCAAGCAACGACGUUCCCGACCGCGGUUGCGAACCCGUCCCUGGACCCGCUUAUGAACGAGGGCGCGAUCUCGGGCUCGCGUAUCAACUACUCGGAUACGAAGCGCGGUAGGCAUCACUCGAUUGUGAACGGCGGCGUGAGGAUGCGCAUCCCCAUCGAGAGAAUGUACUUCUCGCCGCCGCCCGUCAACGUCGUGUACCCGCCCGAGGUGCACGACUACAACGAGAACUUUACGCGUGUGCUGCAGACGAUCAAGAAGCGCCACGACCCGACUGUGACGAGCGUCGCGCAGGGCGUGCUCGAGUGGAAGAGGAAACAGAAGGCAGGACGCAUUGGUCAGAACAUCCAGGAGUGGCUCGACAGGUUCUAUCUCUCGCGUAUCGGUAUCCGCGCCCUGAUCGGACAGCAUGUCGCGCUCAACACGCUGAAGCCGCACCCGGACUAUGUCGGCAUAAUUUGUACACGCGCCAACGUCCACGACAUUUGCCACGAGGCGAUUGAGAACGCGCGCUACAACUCCCUCCGUGCCGUGGUGGAGCGCUACGGCGUCGACAACGAAGACCAGUUCCCGCCCGUCAAGGUGAUCGUCGUCGAGGGCGGUGAGGAUAUCACGAUCAAGAUCAGCGACGAGGGCGGCGGCAUCCCGCGCAGCGCGCUGCCCAUGAUCUGGACGUACCUGUACACGACGAUGAGCGACGAGGGUCUCGAGGACACGAUCCAGGAGGGCAUCCAGGGCCACACGGUGCCGAUGGCCGGAUUCGGAUACGGCCUGCCCCUCUCGCGCCUGUAUGCGCGAUACUUUGGCGGCGACCUGCGCCUGAUCUCGAUGGAGGGACACGGCACCGACGUCUACAUCUCGCUCAACAAGCUGUCGUCGUCGCGCGAGCCGCUCCCUUGA